AUGUGUGGCGCCCUUCCUUGCAAACCAAACAAGAUCGGCUGUGUUUCUGGAUGUGCAAAUGACGCGCCUGUCGAUUCACCAAAGACGGAUGAAAAAGAAAGCGCACAGUCCACCUCCGAAGCAACCUUUAUGGAAGAACCCAUACGGGAUUUUACUCAAAAAGUGUUAAUCCUUCAGUAUGUGAUGUGCUAUGAUGGACUCAUUUCUCGUCUUGAAAAGUUGGCCAGUCGAGGUGAAAAGCCUUCUAACAUGGUCAAUCUAUUGUCUAUGGAUGGCGGCGGAAUUCGAGGACUUGUUAUACUUCAGAUACUCAUGGCGAUAGAGAAAGAAUUAAAAGAGCCAGUCUUUCCGUACUUCGAUUGGGUAGCGGGCACGUCCACGGGUGCUUUACUUGCGACGGGUCUUGCACAAGGCAAAACUCUCAGAGAAUGUCAACAUAUUUAUUUACGCUUUAAAGAUUUUAUACUCGAUGGUUGGAGCCUUCCUUAUAACGGUGCUGUCGUGGAACAGUUUAUGAAAGAUAGCGUCGGAGAGGAAUCAUUAAAAGAAAUUGUUUAUCCCAGCCAUGGCGAAGUUUUGAAAAAUCCAUUGGCUAUUUAUCGGCUAUCUAGCAUCUCUUCCAGAACUUCACAUAGG